UGUACAGAAAAACAAGGGAAAUGUGAACAUUCACGAUGAAACACAAAAUAAUCUCUUCAGUGUGAGAAUAACUGAUGUGAGAUCAGAAGAUGCAGGAGUUUAUUUAUGUGGAGUUUAUCUCAACAAAACCUCCUACAGUUACUCCAUUCUUACUGCUGUUCAUCUUCACAUUAUGAUGUCUCCAGUGUUUGGAGAUGAAGGAGGAUCUGCUCAGAUCAUCUGUCCUUAUGAUCCCAUCUAUACAUCACAGACAAAGUAUCUGUUGAAGAGCUCCACUACAGCUGAAAAUACUCUCAUGGAGAUGAACAGAUCGAGUGUGAAUGAUGACAUGACAGCAAGUGUGUUUAGUGUGAACAUCACUGGACUGACAGCAGAGGAUGCUGGGAAAUACUGCUGUGCAGUGACAUUAGAAACAGACGUGAUUUAUCUUUACACUCAUCUCAUUAUUAUCAUCAAACAGGAACUUCUCUUGAAUAAGAGAGAAGGAGACAACAUGUCAAUGGAGUGCAAACAUCACGCUGAAUAUCAGAAAGUCUUCUGUAAAGCACAUAAAGUCUCAAUGUGUGUCAAUGAUGGAGUUUCAUUACAGUCAAUCAGAGAUGAUGGAUUCUCGUUAAGUGAUGAAACAUCUACUGGAGUCUUUACUGUAAACAUCAGUCAUCUGAGAGAAGAGCAUUCUGGGAUAUACUGGUGUGGAUCUCACAUCAUCACUAAAGUGCAUUUAAACGUCAUCAGAGUUCUGAGUCGCACGGCACGUUUGAGAGCUUUUGACACUUGUUUUAAUCUGCACCAGCAGUAUUCUGGAAGUGUUUGA